AUGUACAGCAGGUUCUUCGCCGAAAUCACAACAUUCACGCAGCUUCUCCUCUGCCGUGCGGUGAUCUCGGGUUGCUCCGAUCUCAUAGUCCGCAAUGGUCUUGAUCUUCUUAGUCAGCUCUGGGUAUGUAUGGCCAACUUCACAGUUAUCCGGUUCAAGCUUUUCGAACUCGAAUUGAUGGCGAGUGAGCCACGCGAUGAUAGUUGGGUAACCGGCAGGGACUCGAUCUUGGUUCAGCCUCUUCAGCUAGGCUUCGGGACCGCACGUCUAGGCAUUGCCAUUAGCCACGAAGAGAUCUUUGAGGUUCUCUUGGGUUUUCAGCCAAAGGCAAGUCUCAAAGACCUGUCGGACGUCUUCUUUGACAUGACUAGCAGCAGACUGCUCAAUAACCAAUACUCUCUGCCCAGUUGGCAUGUUCGUGAGGUCCAUAUGGCGAUGGAAGCGUCUGAGGUACUCGGUCACGUUCUUGCCACCGUGGAUGUCGGUGGAUGGGGGAAUCUGGGCCGCAACAGGCGCAGCUCCUCUUUCCUAGAGGGCUCGCAAGAGGGCUAG